GAUGUGUCAUUACCAGUAGUCCGGUCUCAUAAGGAUCUAGGGGUGACAGUGAGUAAUGAUCUUAAGACGACAGCCCAUUGCCGGAGGUCGCAGCCAAGGGUUUUCGAACCCUCUGGGCUUCAAAAAGGACAUUCACUAAGUUAGAUACUACCAUGUUCACCACAGUAUACACAUCCUUAGUGAGAACUAAGCUAGAGAACUGCGUUCAGGCUGCAAGCCCCUGCUUAAAAGGUGACUCGGACAUACUAGAAAAAGUACAGAGGGCAGCUACCCGUCCAAUUCCGGAUUUCCACGGUUUAUAAUACAAAGAGCGGUUUGAAAAACUAGACCUCUUUACUCUGUCCUAUCGCAGACUAAGGAUAGAUCUAAUUUUGAUGUACAGACCUUGAAAUUCCUCAAACACUUCUGAUUGGCUCGUCCAUAAAUUAGAGACCUACCAAUACUGAGAAAUGAUUUCGGACCUGACUUAUUCUCUCUCUCUUUCUUCCCACUAGAUCGGGACACCUCAGAGGACAUAGCAGGCGAGUAGAAAAGCCAAGAACGACCAAAAUACCCGUGGCAUACAGGUUUUCACACCGAGUCGUCAAUACUUGGAACCUGCUGUCUAAAGCAGUGGUGUCCACACGUUCAUUUGACUCCUUCAAGAGAAGACUGGACAUUCACAGAAGCAUACUAGAAAAGGAAUAACAUAGGCCAGUGUGGAAAUAGUAUUUCCUCCCUCACUCUAAAAGGAUAAGGGUACACUGUAACGUAUCCGAUGGAGCCACGAUAACAGUCCGGGGAAUUGAAUCCAAGCCUUAUGAAGAGCGCAUCAAGCCACGAGACCGUUACUCAUUAGAUUAUAGGCGUCUCAGAGGUUACCUAAUAACCUACAACAUCCUAAACUUCUCUGAGAUCCCUUUAAAUACCUACUUAAGCUCAGUCUCAACACAAACGUUAGGGAUAGUACCUAGAAACUGGAAGCACAACAUAGCAGAACGGACUGCAGGUAUACCUUCUACUCCUUAGGAGUGGUCAAAUGCUGUCAUUCUCUGCUUGUCGUUCUGGUCCCUGAGACUUCCCAGGAGUCCUUUAGGUGACCCGCUUCGGUUUGGGCACCCGGGCAGUAUCCCGACCGUCUCUUACUUACGAAAUAAAAUUCUGGGUAAUGGUUCAAGAAUCGACAUCUGUUUGUGUUGUUUUUAGUGGGAAAAGAAAAUCAGGCAAAGAUUAUACUGUUAACCGUCUAACUAAUCUGCUCCAAUGUAAUCAUCUUUCUUGUUUAGUAGUACGAAUAAGUGAACCAAUUAAAUCGUAUUUCGCUGAGCAUUAUGGAUUGGACUUGUCUGAAUUAUUAUCCUCGAACAAAUAUAAAGAAAAAUAUCGAAAACAAAUGAUUGAUUGGAUGGAACAGGAAAUUAAGCAAGAUCCUUAUAUAUUCACCCGGAAAUCAUUGCUUGAAAGUAUUAGACGAUGUGGGAUACCUCAUCCUGAUAUUAUUAUUAUCUCAGAUGCCAGAAGGACGAAUGAUGUGGAGUAUCUCAUCAGGACAUUUGGUCGAUCCAAAUGUUUGUUAAUACGUAUUGUCACACCUAUAGAAGUUAGAAUCGAACGAGGUUGGUCAUAUGUUGAUGGGGUUGAUAAUGCUAUGUCCGAGUGUGGAUUAGAUGAAUUCACUUGUUGGGAUUAUAUUUUAUCCAAUGAUGGAGACGAAAGUGCAUUUAAAAACCAUUUAAACGAUAUUGUUGCACUCAUUAAAGAAGUGCGAAAAUGAUCCUAAUGCUUAUUAUGCAGUUAUUGAUAAUAAUGUUUGAUGCAAGUGUAGUCGUUUACGUUGUAUGGACACUUUCAACAGGCGUUUACUGCAACAAUGCUGAGACGUACUUUUGAGCACUGUCGCAACUGAACGAGUUUACUUCUCAUAUGAUCGUUAUUCUGGCUACAAAUUUCCAGAUUGUUUGAGAAAUAAAUCUUGUUUGGUUAUUGGAAAUAGGAUACUGAUCUGCUUCAGAAAAUCCCAGUCGACUCAGGUCUAGAUUUAUCUAUUUAUGAGAUUGUUCCUGCAUAACUCAUGGGAUCUGACUUGAAAACCCUCACGGUCAAAUAUAUAUUCAGUGUACAUUAGAUAGUAAAUAUCUUCAUUUUUAGUAAAAGCAAUUUUUUUCCUGAGUAUGUCACCCAUCAUUUUCAUAAUAAAUUUUUAUAGACAU